UUUCCUCUCUUUAUGAACGUAAUCUAUGGAUUUGAAGGAUUUUGGAAUUGUCACACGUGUAUUUGUAUAUAAUUGAAUAAAAAUGGGGUUCAAAAGGAAGAAGCGAGAUGACAAUGAUCACGAAUACGAUCUCCCUCCGAAACAUUUGCAAAUAAGUCAUAUCAAAAAUCAGGAAAAGCGUCUUAUUGUAAUAUUGGAAGGCCAGUUAGAAUCUGUGAAGGUUGGAAAUAGCUUUGAAUUAUUAAAUUGUGAUGAUCAUAUAAGUAUUUUAAAGAAACACAAUCGUGACGCAGGCUCAUGCAGACCAGAUAUUGUUCACCAGUGUCUGUUAAUGUUGAUGGACAGUCCGUUAAAUAGAGCUGGACUAUUGCAAGUCUAUAUUCAUACAGAGAAAAAUGUACUGAUAGAAAUUAAUCCACAAACGAGGAUACCAAGAACAUUUAAACGUUUUGCUGGAUUGAUGGUACAAUUAUUGCAUAAAUAUGGUGUUAGAGCAUCUGAUGGAUCAAUGAAACUUCUUAAAGUAAUUAAGAAUCCCAUAUCAAAUCAUUUGCGUGGUUGCCAUAAGUUAUUAAUGUCAUUCAGUGCAAACAAAAUAUUAAAUCCACGAGAGUUAGUACCUUCUGAAGAACCAAUUGCUAUCGUAGUUGGAGCUAUGGCACAUGGCCAAGUUGUAACGGAUUAUACAGAGGACUAUUCGAUCAGCAACUAUCCUCUCUCAGGUGCUGUUACAUGUAGCAAAUUAUGUACAGCAUUUGAAGAAGUUUGGGGAAUUGUCUAAUAAAAAGUUCUUUUUUUUUUUUUGUAAAAUUAAUUUUU